UCUCUCUCUCUGUUUCUCUCUGUCUCUGUCUCUCCAUAUUCGUGAGCAAACUGCACCAUAACCAACUGCUGCCAUAAGUCUCACAAGGAUCAAACCGAGAGCUGAACCCACAAGGGAAAAUUUUCCGCCUUUCGCACCCUCGCAUUGGCAUGGAUCACCCCAAGAACUCCGUCCUGAACCUCACCGUCCUCUCCCUCCUCUCCUCUGCCGUCCUCCUCCUCUGCUUCCUCUCUGCAAAUCGGUUCCCUCGCCCCUGCCCCGCCCGGAACCCGGCCUCGGCGCACGCCCCCCCGACGGACAGCCUGGGGUCCGCGCUGGCCCGGGCGGCGAUGCCCGACAAGACCCUGAUCAUCGCCGUCGUGAACAGGGCAUAUGCAGAGCAGGGCGUGGACUCGGACAAGACCAUGCUGGGCCUCUUCCUCGAGAGCUUCUGGCUCGGGGUGGGCACGCGGCGGCUGCUCGACCACGUGCUGGUUGUCGCCGUCGACGAGGCGGCGUACCGGCGGUGCCUGUUCCAGAGGCUCCACUGCUAUAGGCUCGAGACGGAGGGUGUCGAUUUCAGGGGAGAGGUGGUCUACAUGUCGGAGGGCUUCGUGAGGAUGAUGUGGACGAGGACCCUGUUCUUGACAGAGGUGCUCCGGCGAGGGUACAGCUUCAUCUUCACGGACACCGACGUGAUGUGGCUGAGAAACCCGUUCAUGAGGCUGAGCCGCAACCAGAGCGAAGACCUCCAAAUAAGCACCGACGUGUUCAACGGCCACCCCUGGUCGGAGAAGAACCUCAUCAACACCGGGUUCUACUUCGUGAGGUCGAACAACAAGACCGUUGCGCUGUUCGAGACGUGGUACACCCGGAAGGACAACGCCACGGGGAAGAAAGAGCAGGAUGUCUUGCUGGAGCUCGCGCAGGAGGGCGCGUUCGAGGGGCUCGGGCUCAAGGUGAGGUUCCUGGACACGCGCUACUUCAGCGGGUUCUGCGAGGAUAGCAAGGACAUACGGGCCGUGUGCACCGUGCACGCCAACUGUUGCCGGAGCAUAAGGGCCAAGAUCAUCGACCUCACGGCGGUCCUCCGGGACUGGAAGCAGUUCCGACGGUCCGGCAAGGAGGCGAACGCUGCUGCUGGUGGCGCCAAUGGAACUGCGGUGCCGUAUAGAUGGUCCGGCCACGUUGGCUGUUGGAGGUCAUGGAAGGUGGGGAACAGCACCCUGAUUUCAUAAGAACAAAGGAGGGCCCGAUCUUGAUUAUACCAAAAUUAGAGAAAACACAUUUCUCAUGUUGAUGAUCAUCUCCGUUUGUGUAUAUCUGUACUGGUGCAAACAGUCAUGCAAUUUCUGAGCUCCAUGUGUUUGGAAA